CAGGGCACCGCCUGAGGGCGGGGGGUACGAAAGGGAACCUGCCGCCGGUGCUGCCCGAGGGGGUUUCCUCAGGCAGGUUUCUUGUGAAACAGUUGCAGCAUCGAGGAGAAAUCAGCAGUAAACCACAUACCACAAGUGCUCAGUGGGAUCUGAGGAAGAUGCAGUGCUCCAGCCCGUGCCUCUGAAGGAGCUGAUCCUGGGUGUGGAAUAGUCUCUGCGUGGCCCAGUUUGGAGCAGACUGAUAAGGCUCCUUGUUUCUUAGCAACCACUGUCUGCCAUAGCCAGCAACCUGCCCUCUGCAGCUGGAGGGAAAAGCCUCAAAUUUGUCUUUAACCAAGAGCUGUGUCUUUGCUGGGCAUGGAGGUGCCAUAUGUCCUUCUCCUCACUAGACUUGUAGCAGAAGUUGCCAGCAAGUCUACUGAAAGUUUGGUUUCAGAAUCAGAAUGCUGUGUGGAUAUGUUGGAUUCAAACACAUCCUGUCCAGUAAACAACCAGUGCAGUCCAGGUUGUUACAGAAGAUGGAAUGAGGAUGGCAGCAGCAGCUGCAUUAGGUGCAAAAAUGAAACUCUUCCUGUUUCAUCUGUUUCCAAUCUGACUGAAUGCAGAACUACUAGGAAUGAGGAAUUCAGAGGACUGAAUUUCCAAAUGAAUAUCAGCACUGUAGCUCCUUUCAUACAGAACAUAGGGGGCCCAGAAGUAGCAGCCUCUCUCAUCUUAGGGACAUUUUUCAUCAGCUUAUUCCUGAUUCUCUCAGUUGCUUCUUUCUUCUACCUCAAACGUGCCAAUAAACUUCCUAAUGUUUUCUACAGAAGAAACAAAGCAUCUGUUCUUCAGCCUAGUGAAACUGCAUCCAUGAUACCUCCCCCAGCUUCUUCAGUUCGGAAGCCGCGCUACGUCAGACGAGAGCGGUCACUAAUGAUGUCUGCAUCUGCUGCUAUCAUCUCCUCUUCUGAAACCAGGGUCAGCAAUGUGUAGCCUUGAUUCUUGCCUUGAUUCAACGUGGGUGCACAGUGGGGAAGCAACUUUUUUUUUCUGGAUCCACUGAAGUGCCAGGAAAACAUCACGAGCAGCUGACCUAAACGGAAGGCAAAUUCCUCUCGGGCAGAGGGUUUGUGCCAAACGUUGACAGAGAAAUGAACUCGUGCAAAGAUGCUCCUGAGAGGCUGCAUCCAGUUCACUGAACUGCUUUGGUGAUCUUGAAAUGCACUAUUCCAGCUCUGUGGUUUUGUUUGUCUCCUACAGAUGCUGUGUUGGAAAAAUCUCUCUUUAAAGAACCUGCCUUUCCUUUGGCCCACUUUCAGUUUUGGCAAGUUCCUUCUUCCUGUGUUGUGAUGUGUUCUGUGCCCCCAGAGGUGGCUGUCUCAGUGCUGCAGGACAACAAAGAAUCCUGGGAUUACUCAAGGAUGUGGACCUGCUUGAAGGACCCACUUGUAAAAGCUAACACUAAGUGCCAGUGCUUUAUGUUUUAGGACAAUAUAACAAUACUUAAGAUGCAAGUAUCCUUCUGAAGCAAAAAAUGAUGCCUCCUGGAGCAUCCUCUUCAGCUUAUGUUGUAGCUGACCCUGGUUCUUAACUGUGAAUAUCAACCCCCUAUCCAGAUACUGUUGUUCUUGGUGCUUUUGAAGGCUGUGGUCAGUAUGGGUCCAAUCCCAAGUCUGAGAAUUCAUUGGGAAGCUUUUCCAAUGGCUUCAGCUUAGUCCUUGGACCAAGAGCCAUUUGUUAUGGCUUUGUUACUGAUAGGCUGCUGUGUCUGUCCUGCAGAGUCUCUCUCCACUAGCUCCCUUCCCUUACUCCAGCAGUUGCAGGGAGAGCAGAAUUCCUGCAGGGCAGCUGUGCAUCCAUGAGAGGUGUCAGUGAGUAGAGAGAUGAACUGGAGAGAGGUUAGGUGAAUUUCUGCCAAUGCAAUAAGGACUUUCCUUGGGCAAGCUCUUCAUUUAUAUGCCUGACAUCUGCAGGCCAGCACCUUAUGACAGAGCUCAAUGUGGAUUUCUUUGUUGGAAGUGCCAGCCUAAAGAGCCCCCUCUCUCAGCUGCUUGUUCUUGCCUGUCUUAUGCCAGCUGUGUGGCUGAGGAGUCACUCCAUCAGGAAAGCAGAGUAGCUAUAAAAGAAUUCUUUUCCUGAGAUUACCCUGCACCCACUUUUCUUUCUUGUUGCCAUGUGAACACCAAAUCAGCCAAACAGGCAGAAGAGUGGGAAAUGAGUGAAAAAAAACCUGAGGUUGCUAAAUUGGUGGCAGCAUCACUGUCACCAUAUGUGAACUUCUAACUAUGCAGCUUGUGUGUUCCCACCUACCUGUGUUGCUGUGGCCUGGUUUGGUUUAGCUGACACUCCCCUCUGGGGCUGGGCUCCUAAAAUUAAAUUACUUGGAAGCUCUUCAGCAGCAUCCACCAGCAUGAACUUAAACUGGAACAGUUGGUUCUCUUCUUCAGGGAAAUGGGAACACAAAUGUCUUGAGCUGCCAUGACACCCAUAUGGAGAGUCCAGACCUUCUGAUCUAGAUUCUCUCUUUCCUCUGUGGUUAAAACUUAAAAGAUGAGAACUGUGAUGGGAGGAGAUGAAUUUAUCUUCUAGACCAGACCUGGCUGUUUCAGCAGAGUUGGAUUUCCUUUAUCUCUCUCCUUACCAGGUAAUGAGUGAGAUCUCUUGUAGCACCCAAACACACUGGGGUGAAGACUGAGGAUAAAAAUUAAUGAAGAGACCCCCAU